GCGGACGCUAACAUGCAGAGCUUUGUGAAAACCCUGACAGGCAAGACCAUCACUUUUGAGGUAGAGCCCAGUGACACUAUCGAGAAUGUCAAGACCAAGAUCCAAGAUAAGGAAGAGUCCACCUUGCACCUGGUGCUUCGCCUUCAUGGUGGCAUCAUUGAGCCAUCCCUUUGGCAGCUUGCCCAGUACAACUGUGACAAGAUGAAAUGCCGCAAGUGCUAUGCACGCCUGCACCCCUGUACAGUCUACUGUGGCAAGAAGUGCAGCCACACCAACAACCUGCACCCCAAGAAGGUCAAAUAA